AUAAAUAUACUGGGUGCCUGCGGCUGCUGUUCAAGGACAUUGAAGGAAUAUUAUGAUCGUGUGUCCUGCUUCAGUUAUGGGGACAGUCAUUUGGUUUUAUCUCUCCUGCUUCUGCAUGACCGCUGAGGCAAUUACUAGGACAUAUUAUAUUGCUGCUGUGGAACGAUAUUGGGAUUAUAAGAACAGCAGUCUGCUAUAUACAGAACACAGGUCACAAACAGCAAAGUCCCCAGAUUCAGUUCUGUACAAGAAGGCUGUAUACGUAGAGUACACAGAUGCCUCUUUUUCACAAGAAAAGCCACAACUUGAAUGGACAGGUCUUUUGGGUCCCACAAUUCGUGCAGAAACAUAUGAUACUGUUGUCAUACACUUUAAGAAUCUUGCAAGCAUAGCAUACAACAUUCAUGGAGUGGGAGUAUCCUAUGGAAAAAGCUCAGAGGGGGUACCUUAUGAAGAUGGGACUAGUCCAUCAGAAAAUGUGGGUGAUGCCGUGCCUCCUGGUGAAAUGUACCGUUACAUUUGGGAAAUUCCUUUAAGCUAUGGACCAACAACAUCCGACCCAUCCUGUGUGACUUCUGCUUAUUACUCCCACAAUAACUCUUCAUAUGAUACGAAUACUGGUCUUGUGGGUGCUCUGCUUAUUUGUAAACCAGGAUCUCUCUCUGCUGAUGGAUCUCAGUUUGGAGUACAGGAAAGGGUCCUCCUCUUUGCCGUAUUUGAUGAACGUAAGAGUCACUAUACAAUGACAACAGAUGAAGAACCGCAGCACACAAUUAAUGGAUAUGCAAACAGUUCCUUGCCUGUACUUGUUAUCUGCCGCCAGAAACCCCUUUCCCUUCAUGUCAUUGGAUUUGGGCCACACACUGAAGUUCACACCAUCUCGCUUGAAGGACAUAGCUUUGUAGUAAGAGGACAUCGAAUCAUUUCUCUUCCUGUUACUGCAUUUACCUUCAUCACUGCCUCCAUUCAGCCAGGAGAAAAAGGAGCAUAUAACUUGUCUUGCCAGAAUCCUUUGCAUCCUGCAGGUGGGAUGGCAGCUUUAGUCAUGGUACAAGAUUGUGCUGAAGAAUUUGUGAAACAGAUGCGUUUCCUAGAUAUGCAUGAUGAUUAUGAAGAGGAAGAUGAUUAUGAGUCUGAUUUUAUAGAGCAGCCAGAUUAUGUGUCACCCAACUAUGUUCGAUCUCAUGGAAAACUUAGGCCUGUCAUAUGGAAACAUUACAUUGCCGCAGUGGAAGUCAACUGGGACUAUGUUCCAUCUAAAGAUGACGAGAGCUCCAGUUAUAUAAAGGCAGUAUUCCAAGAGUUUACAGAUGCUCGGUUUCUUCAUCCCAAAGUGUCAGAGCUUGACGGAACAGGGAUCCUGGGGCCAGUGCUGCGAGGAGAAGUUGGAGAUGAGAUCCAGAUUGUCUUCAAGAAUUUGGCUAGUCGUCCAUAUAAUAUGCAUCCCCAAGGAUUGGGAAGUGUGUCCACCAAAGAACCCUACAUGACCGGGGAACAACUGAAGGAAUAUCCCAUUUAUCCAAAUGAGACCAUUACAUAUAUUUGGCGGGUGACUCAAGGAGAUGCCCCGUUGUCAUCGGAUCCACGUUGUCUAACAAGACUGUACUCCAGCUCCCUUAAUCCACAGAAAGAUCUAGCAUCUGGGCUUUUUGGACCGCUUCUCAUCUGUACAAAGCAGACACUUGACCAGAGAGGAAUCCAGAUUAUUACAGAUAAGGAACACAUCCUUGUGUACUUUGUUUUUGAUGAGAGCCUUAGUUGGUAUCAGGAGAAGAACUUCAAAGGGCGAAAUGGAAGAUCAGGGAAACAAACCUCAAACAUAAAACCUAUGAAACCGAGCCUUCUGUACACUGUGAAUGGAGUUGACUCUCUGCACCUCUCUGUGUGUGUAAAUGAAGUUAGCAUAUGGCAUAUUCUCAACCUUGGACCAGACCUUCUUUCCAUUCGAUUCGGAGGCAACACAUUCAGCACAGACUCUGGCUAUCAAGAUACCCUCACUCUUUUUCCAGUGAAAGGGGAGACUAUAAAUAUGGUCAUGGAGAAGGCAGGGCACUGGACUAUAGUCCCGUUGGACUUCUCUCUAGAAGAGCAGGACAUGACAGUAUGGCUUAGUGUCUCAAAAUGUGGAAGUGACCAGGAUGAAUUCUAUCAAGAUGAGUUUGAAGACUUUACUGAGGAGCUGCUCCAUGACAUAUCUCCCCCUAGCCCACGAGGCAUUCAUCACAACCUUCCAAAGCUUGUGAACAUUAAGCAGAGGGGCACUAAAGAGAAAGAAGCACUUGAAAGCAAGAACUUGGAGGAUGAAAAUUCUGGUGUAUUUGCAAGUUUGUCAGAACUCAGUGAGGAAACACCACAAACAGAUCAGGCUGCCCCUUGGAUUCUAACUUCAGGGGAGAUUCCUGAGGAUAUAUCAGAUGAACUGUCCAGUGCAAAGAGGACAAACAUUUUAAGUAAUCAAGAAGAGAAGAAUGAAUAUUUAGGCAGUAGUAACACUACAGUACCAGUAGGACAUGGAACAAAGGAAGAUGAGUUUUAUGAAAAUUAUGAUGACUUAGAAGAUAUAGAUAUGUAUGAUGAUGUGAAUGAAGAUCAGGACCCUCGCAGUAUUAGUGGAGUGCUACGAACAUAUUUUAUCGCAGCUGUCGAAGUGAUGUGGGAUUAUGGGUCAGAGACAUCGCCUUAUUUCACUUUUAAAAAACAUCGUGGGUCACAUGGAUUCCCCCUGUACAAGAAAGUAGUUUUUAGGGAGUAUCUAAACAUUGAUUUUACGGAACCCUCAUUACAGGGAGAGAGAGAUGCUCAUCUUGGGUUAUUGGGACCUCAUAUACGGGCAGAAAUCAAUGAUGAAAUCAUAAUACACUUUAAGAAUAUGGCAUCACGCCCAUACAACUUUUACUCCAAUAUACUGUCUAUGCAGAAAGAUUCAAAAGAAAGUGUUUCUCCUCAAGGCACCCGUACAUAUACAGGGCGAGUAAACGAACAGUUUGGGCCUACAGAGCCUGGAGUCCAAUGCAGAGUCUGGCCAUACUCAUCAAAUGUUAAUUCAGAGAGAGACUUACAUUCUGGACUCCUGGGACCCUUCCAUGUCUGUCGCCGUCAAGUUCUAAGCAGACAUUUUAAUCGCCAGAUUUCUGUAAGAGAUUUCUCACUUAUGUUUAUGAAAACUGAUGAGAGCCAGAGUUGGUAUUUCAGUGAGAACCUACAGAAGCAAUGCCCUCCUGGUUGUGAAGAAGGUGGGGCUACGCUUGCUUCCUGCCCCCUAGCUUGCACCAAAAGUCUUCUGCUGGAAUUUCAGGAGCUACACAUGUUUCAUGCCAUCAAUGGAUACACAGCAGAUUCACUGCCUGGACUCAUUAUGCCCUUGGGACAACGAAUACGGUGGCAUCUUCUCAGUAUUGGAAGCAGCAAUAUUCUUCCUAUUCACUUCCAUGGAAACAUAUUGACAGACCAUGGUAAAGAAGAGCAUCGAUUAAGCUUGCUGAAUUUGUAUCCUGGUGUGUCAGUAUCUUUAGAAAUGGCGCCCCAGUCAAUCGGUCUCUGGCGUGUGGAAACAGAAGCAGAAUAUCCAGUUUCUGAAAUGAUGGCUCUAUAUCUUGUUUAUGAUCCACAGUGUCGGCAGCCUCUAGGAUUGUCUAGUGGAAAAAUCAAAGACUCUCAGAUUUCUGCAUCAGGACAUUAUGGCACCUGGAUGCCAUCACUUGCUAGACUGCAUAACAGUGGAUCUAUCAAUGCCUGGAGUGUGAAAAAUGAAAAUUCCUGGAUCCAGGUUGAUCUACACAUGCCAACCCUAAUACACAGCAUUCAGACGCAAGGUGCUCGACAGCGGUUACUUUCUCUCUAUGUUUCCCAGUUCAUUGUUUCCUACAGCUUGAAUGGGAAGUCCUGGAUCCCGUACCAGGGAAACGCUAGCAGUAACCAAAUGGUCUUUUUUGGCAACAUUGAUUCAUCAAGUGUUCAGGAGAAUAUAUUUGACCCUCCAAUUAUUGCUCGCUUGAUUCGACUCCAUCCAACUCACACAAAAACACGAGCAGCUCUCCGAAUGGAAUUUGGUGGAUGUGAUAUUACUAGCUGUUCUCUCCCUCUUGGUCUGCAGUCGGGUAGCCUCCCUGAUCAUCAGAUUUCCGCAACCUCUUACCUGAAUUCUAUAUUUUCUUCAUGGAUUCCAGCCUUAGCCAGACUAAAUCAGCCUGGUCGUGUAAAUGCGUGGAGACCACAAGUGGAUGCAACUGGUCAGUGGCUUCAGGUGGACUUUGGUCGUCGUAUGAAGGUGACUGGUUUAAUUGUACAGGGAGCACGUUCAGUAUUUACUCCCAUGUUUAUUUCUCAGUUUUCUCUGAGUUACAGCAAUGACGUUCAUACUUGGGAGAUUUUAUCAGAACCCAAUGGACAUCGCAAGAUAUUUCCUGGUAACCAGGACCCUGAAACGCCUUUCUCAAUCACUCUGGACACUCCAAUAAUAACACGUUUCCUGAGACUGCAUCCUGAGAGCUGGAAGGGUGGAAUUGCCCUGAGAAUGGAAGUUUUAGGAUGUGAAAACAACUGAUAUAAAUUAUAGGCCCUACGCAUAUUUAUAUUGGUUGGAUUGUAUAAUAUCUAUAUAUUUUGUGAGGUUAUAAGUAAGCAAUACAGUGUUGAUCAGGAAAGGACAUUGCGGUAUUAUUUAGACAGGUUGGUCUGAUACAGUAGAGCAUAGAUUGUACCAGCCUUUACCUUUUGUUAUUCACCAAUUUAGGUAAUUAAGUCCAGCUUCUUGCUUCUAACUGUGCACACAUCAUAACUUUCAAUAAUACUUUUUCCUUUUACCAUGCUCCCAUUUUCACUUACAGCCUCUUCCAUCAUGCUCAAACAAUUAAUACCCUUGGUUACUCAUUCCACAACAGCUAUGUGCAUAUUCAUAAAUCCAUAUACAGGUAUGGGACCUGUUAUUCAGAAUGCUCGGGACAUGAGGGUUUCCAAUAAUGGAUCUUUCCGUAA